AUGAGCACUCAAUUCAAUGAAAAGAAGCAGCACGGGCAUAUUGAUCAAGAAGAGUUGCAGGACUCCGGUGUCGAAAGCACACCAAUAUAUGUGCCCGAUGACCAUGACGAAGUGAUUGAUCCCAGACUGAAGGACUAUCCAGUGCCGAUGGUGGCCAGAACUGUGCACCUCCAUAAUGACCCAACGCAACCCAUCCUGACUUUUCGCUUCUGGGUUCUCAGCACCGUCUGGGUGUCCUUUGGCUGCGCUCUGAGCACACUCUACUACUUCAAGCCGUAUCAGCAGACGGUCUCGAGCUACGUGAUUCAGCUGCUGGCCUGGCUAUCGGGAGAUCUCAUGUCCAAAUAUCUGCCGAAGCGCUACUUCUCCUUCUUUGGUUACCGCUGGAGCAUGAAUCCGGGUCCAUGGAAUGCAAAGGAGCACGCAUUAGUCGUGGUUGCAUAUUGGGGCUCCUGUCACACGGCUUACGGCCUGGGGCCUCUGAGUGCACUGGAGAUGUACUAUGACCACAGGAUCGGGACCAUCUGGAGCAUCCUGUUUCUGGUUUCCAGUCAAUUGAUCGGUUAUGGCUUCGCGGGCAUCUUUCGGGACCUCCUCGUUCGACCCCCCAAAUUGUAUUAUCCCGGCGUGCUGCCUAGUGUUGCACUCUUCAACGCCAUGCAUCGCAACCCGUCCGUCACGAGGAACUCUUUGAUUCUCUUCGGUUACUGCACGCUAGCAGCAUUCUGCUGGCAAUGGUUUCCGCAGAUGAUCUUUCCGCUCCUCACAUCACUGCCUCUAUUAUGCUGGGCUGGCCACGGCAAUCCGGUCGCCUACGUACUCGGGAGCGGGAAUUAUGGAUAUGGGAUCCUGGAUUUCACGCUGGAUUGGAAUUACAUCAAUGGCACGUUGCGCUCCAUGUACACACCCUUUUGGGCCUCGAUGAACCAGUUUGCUGGCAUCUUCUUCGCCGUGUGGAUCUUCUACCCGAUUCUCUAUUACACUAACGUACUCGGUGCGAAGAAUUUCGAAGCCAUGUCGUCCGCAACCUUUGAUGCUGAGGGAAAUGAGUACAACGUGUCACGAGUCCUGACGAGUGACUUGUUGCUGAAUCAAACCGCCAUGGAUGCUUACUCGAAGCCGCACUGGAGUAUAUCUUAUGUGUUUUACUUCUUCUGGGGUUUCGCGUGUCUCACGGGAGCCUGCGUGUACGCUGCGCUAUGGCAUGGUAAGGAAUCAUGGGCGAGCCUUUGCAAUGUCUUUCGACACGGCGCUCGAGACGAGUACGACGAUCCCUACCUCAAAUUGAUGUCUCAACAUCGACGUGUGCCACAUUGGUGGUACAUGACUCUCCUCGGGGCAUGCAUCGGACUCUCCCUGGGAGCCAUCUAUGGCGGCGGCUUUCACCUUCCGUGGUGGGGAUUUCUCACUAUGGUCCUCAUCGCAUUCGGAUUCAUGUUUCCGGGCGGCAUCGUGCUCGGCAUAUCGGACCAGAUGUUGCCCCUGAACAUUCUGUCGGAGCUCGUGGCGGGAGCAAUGUUCAAGGGAGAUCCCAUUGCUGUUCUCACCGCCUUGACCUAUGGCGGACAGAUCUUCCUGCAGAGUCUCAACCUGGUGAUUGACUAUAAGUUUGGCUUUUAUAUGCGCAUCCCCGAGACGGAAAUGUUCAUCGGGCAGGUUUGGGGCACUCUGCUGGGACCCUUUGUCAACCUCGCGGUCAUGCGAGGAGUCAUCAGCGCCGUGGGCAUUCCGACGCUCACGGGCGCCAUCGAGUCGGUGAAUUGGGAGGCGGCGCAGUCGCGCAAUUUUUACUCGACCUCUGUCCUCUGGGGCAUCAUCGGCCCCGCCAACUUCUUUGCCAAAGACUCCAUCUAUGCGUGGGUAUACUGGGGAUUCCUCGUUGGGCCCGCAGCGGUGCUUGCAGUCUAUAUUGUGCAACGCCUGAAGCCGCAAUGGGAUCUGGCGCACGUUUGCAAUCCGGUGCUGAUGUUUUAUGGCAUUGGCCUGUUCCCCAUUUACCCAACGACAAGCAUUUUGACUUCGUUUAUUUUUGCGCUGAUUUUCAUGGGUUACAUCUACCACUAUCACCCGGCGUUUUGGCGGAAAUAUCACUAUCUCACAGCGGUGGGCUUGGACUGUGGUUCCCAACUGAUGUCGACCAUUAUGGCAUUGGGAAUUAGUCUCCCACAUGUCACCUUUCCGAAGUGGUGGGGCAACAAUCCCACUUUCCCCGAUCGAUGUUUCCCUCCGAAUAGCAAGCUGCCGAUGCCGAUGCAGAAAUCAGCGAGCUCGUGAUGAGGAUUCGUUUUCAUCCCUUGCGACCUACCGUAUCUCUGUAUUUCUGACUGGCACAUGUCCACACCAUACCACCACCACCUGCAGAAGAGGAGACUUUUUGCCUCGGUGCUCUUGGGAAGUCAGGCCGGGUUUCAACCUUUCCCUGAACAGUCGGGGCAGCUUUUCGUACCAACAUACAGUACAGCCACCAGAGCAUGGACGUCUGGAAAUGAUCAAACAUGGACGAGGUCUCGCGUACUACUUGUCAAACUUUCCUGUCGGUGCAAAUGGAGAUGGAGGUAUAGCUACAGUAUAUUGUACUGGUCCCCGCUGGAAUGCAGACCACAGGGUGUCGAGGCUGGAAUACCUAAAGGUCGGGUAGUCAAGAGGGUUCAGAAGCUGGUAACUUUUCUAUACAAGUGGACCUGGUUCCACACCUGCCCGCCG